AUGGGCAUAUCCUGCCAGCUGGUCGGCGAAUGGCAUAAGCGGGUUAAGAAAGGCUCCGGUGGUACCGUGGUUCUCGUCAAGAAGCACAAGACGGCAGCCCAACAGCCAGCAGCCUUUGUCUUGGAUCAAGAGCAAGAAGCCUGGUUUGAAGCCUACUACGAGUGUGUCAGAGAACACAUGAAGCAAGGUUGCAGAGGAGAUGGCCAGAAGGCACCUAAACGGCGAAAGAUGGAACAGAGGGCAACUGAUGGUGAGAAAGUGGUCGAAAAUGCUGAGGAACCGUUCUUCCUGAAUCUGGCUGGCUCGCGAAUCAAGAAUCCCUCCCUGCAUCUCAGUCGGCUGCAUACCAAAUACAAACUCCCAGAUGUGAACAGCGAUGAGGUUCGGAAAGUCUUCGAGACAGCAACAGUCUCUGAGUGUUUUGAAGCAGGGGACAAAAAACUCUUCAGCAACUACCUGAGUCAUACUGUGGCAACUGCAGAGGGUCAUUAUCAGAUGAAACAGAUAUCUGAUUUGAUCAAGGCCACAGAACUCAUCAAGCGUCUUGGAUCAAGUGAAAGACCUUCUGACAGACCCUCCACGUCCAGCGAGGUACCCUCACCCUCUGAGGAACAGAGUGAAGACAGCAGUGGCUCAACAGCGACACUCAAACCAUCGGCAAAUAAAAAGAUGACAGACCAGAUUCUGUUUGAUCGUUUCCAGACAGAAUUCCCCGUGACAGUCGAUGAUCUUGCACCAACUCGAGAGAAACGCCUCAACUUCCUUUCUACUCUGAGUGUUGAAGAAGACAGAGAGAGCAUGCUCUACAACCGUUGGGUGAAAAAGCAACGGAAACUCCGCCAAGACUACACCUUGGAACACAUGAGCCAACGCCAUUGCCCCUCCAAGAAACGGAUUGAGAGGUUUUUCCUGCAGCAGGGUUGGAAACAUGCGCUGCCAAACAUCGACCAGAUCACCCAGUCGUGGAAACCAGCCGAAGAUCCGCUGUCUUCUCCCAGAAUCAGGCGUCUUGUCAGUAGCCAACGAUGGAAGGGUUUGGAGAUCAAGAGCAUUCCUGAUAAGGGAAGAGGGGUAUUCACAAGGCGUGCAUUCAAGAUGGGCGAGGUAGUGUGCGACUACCAUGGUGACCUUCUCACCGCAGCUCAAGGUCAGGCUGUUCAUGAGAGCACCAUUGGAGAGGAGACGGGCUACAUGUACUUUUUUCUAAACGAAGACGGAGAGAAAAUGUGCAUUGAUGCACAUCAGAAGUGUCAAUGUCACCCAGAUAUGGACGUAAAAGGCAGGCUUAUUAACCACUCAAGAAAGCCAAACCUCAAGCCUCUUGACUUGGAUGGGGAUAAGAGAGAUUAUAUCCUCUUUGUCGCAAAGCAGGACAUCAGCGAAGGGGAAGAACUUACCUUUGAUUAUGGUGUAAAUAAGUUCCAGUUUGGUGGUGAGGCCAGAGACCUUGACUGGCUCUGA